GAGGCCGAACAGCUGCAGAAACACCUCCAAGAGAUGUCAGCUCAGCUUCGUACUUAUGAGGAUGCUCAGGCGGAGAAAGAGGCCCGGUUGCAGAAACACCUCUUGCUCCUCCAGGCGAGUCAGGAGAGAGAAAGAAGGAGCCUGGCUGCCAGCCUGGCUCAGGCUGAGGGACAUUCCCAGGACCUGCGGAACAAACUGGAAAGGGCCGAGCAGCAGCUGGAGAGCCAAACCAAGACUAAGAUGUGGACCAGGCAAAUCGAAGAGGCGCAACAGCAACUGCAGCAGGAGUUGGCAUGUACAGUAUCAGCCAUGCAGCGCCUGCAGAAAGAACGGGAGCAGUUAGACCAUCGCUGUCAGGAGCUGCAGAGCCAGCUGUCAGAGGCUGACAGGGAGGUGGGCAGGCUGCAGGAUCGGCUGAAAACAGAAGAGACACACUACUACAACCUGGAGCACUCAUAUGAGAAAGUCUGUGAGGAGCUGCAGGUGGCACUGGGCAAGGUGCAGCAGAGGGAGUCUGAAACACAGGACAUUCGGGAAGGCUAUGAAAGACUGCUGGACAGGAAGGAGCAGGAACUGAGUGAGGUGCUGCUGAAAAUGGAGGUCUUGGGUAACAGCUUAGAGGAGACAGAAGUGAAAUUGAGCGAAGUGAUGAGAGUUUGCACCUGUUCUUCUCCUAAGCUGAAGGAUAAAGACAGACAACCAACACUUGAGCCUCCAAGCUCUCUGUUGAUGAAGGUCUUCCAAGGAAACGACAGCAAUUCUCUGGAACAUGCAAGAACCCGUUCUCGCUCAGUGGAUGCAUCGUGCCAAUACAUUACCGCUGCCGGAGAUGAUCCAGAAAGAUUCAUGACUGUAAUCCAGCUGCUUGAAACUAAGCUGUUCAUCACCGAGGAAAAACUGAGAGACAUCACUCAGAGACUGGAGGAGCACCAGGGUCACGUCAGCUGCCAGGACCCCCACCUGUGGUCCCAGCUGACCCAGAGCCGCGCUGCGGCCCAGCACCUCAGCCUGCUACUCCACAGUCAGGCCAAGCAGAACCAGCGCUUCGCCCAGGAGACAGAGUGCUGCUGCAGGAUGCUAGUCGGAAGGUUUCAGGUGGCUCUGAACGUGGUCCAGGCCUGCAUGGAGAGACUUCAGGCCACUCCCGUCAACAUCCCCGACAUCGAGAGGCAUCUGGCCGGGGUCGCUGUCUGCCUUCAAAAAGGGGAGAAAGAGGCAGAGAGACUUCAGCAGGAAUCACGCAGUGCAAGCAAAGAAGAGGGCAAGAUCCUCAAUGAUGAGAAAUUAGCUGGAGUUGAAAGAGACAUUGUUUCUAAAUUUACCAACACCCAACCCUCACAUGAUAUGUCAGAUGUUGGGAAGUAUUUGAUCAAGGAGCUGUUUGUUGUAGAGAAAAUGGUUUCUGUCUUGCAGAAUCAAAAUGGGAUUUGUGAGUUAUCUGCAGUGAAAAAAGAGGAUAAAGGUGAUGUGGUUCAUAGUUACAAAAACUUCAUCUCUCAAAUCUUGAGCCUAAAAGCUGAAGAAAGGAUGGAGUCUAGGAGAACCGAAUGCGACAGCGAUCAGCUUCUAGAGAGCGUGAUUGGAAGGUUCUGUGCUGAAGCUGAGCUCAUUUACGCUGCUUUAAAACUUCAGCAACAGAGCGUGACUCAAGUGAACGGUCAUGAUCAAAGGGAAGGCCUGGCAGAUAUCAGCCCCUCUGAGUUGUCUUCUUAUGAGGAGCAAGUUAAAGGUUCAGACGAAGCUGUAAAAAAGUUGGGGGAAGCGAGAGAAAGAGGUUUGUUAGAGCGAAUUGUGUCUCGGCUGCAAAAGCGAGCUAAAUUCUUAAGCCAGGUUUGCCAGGAGCUUUCAGAUAACCACACACAGGUCCAAGAAGGUAUAAACCACAGUGGGGACAAUGUUUCUGAAGCUGAUCUGAUGUUUUUCCAGGAGCAGGUGAAGUUGAUUUAUUUAUCUGACAGGCUUUAUUCAGACAUAAAUCAAGAGUUUCAGCAAAGCAAGGCAUCACAGAACAAUCCCCAAGAUCUUUGCAAAGAGCAGGAGCUCAGCUGCUUGAUGCAUGAGCAGGAGGUGUUAAACGAUGCCUUAAACCAGCUUCAGGAGGACAACAGUGUACUGAGAGAGGAAUUGGAGCGAGCUACGCAGAAGAUAAUGUCAGUGGAUAUUGGAAACCAAAGACUCCUGGAAGACAUGCAGAAAAUUGAGGAUUAUCACAAGGAACAGAGACAGAAACUGGAAGCAGAGUUUCAAGAGAAGAUAAAGGAACUGCAACAGAUCCAUGAGGAGGAAAUGAAGCAGUUGCAUGGCUACUACUCCAAAUCUGGUGUUUGUAAAGAAAGACAGAACCAAUUCUGCACAGAGGAGGUUCCUCCUUUAACAGGAGGUACCUCCUCUGUGCCUGACCAGGCUGUCUCAGAGAGUAACGUAAAGGAGUUCAAAACCAUAGAAGCCGAUGGAGUCACUGUGAGAGAAGCUUACCUGAAAGAUCUGGAAAAGCUGCAGGCUUCAUGUGAUCUUGAGUUUGCUGCAAUGGAAGGAAUGCACAAGAAGGUUAUAAAGGACCUUCAGCAGGAGCAUCAAAAGCAGGUGGCUGAACUCCUGAAGGAGAAAGACCAGCUCCUGCAGGAGGAGACAGCUGCUACUAUGUCGGCCAUCGUAGCAUUGCGGCGAGCCCAUAAAAAGGAGCUAGAGAGAAGCAGACAAACUCAGCAGAUCAGGGAGAGUGGAGACAUCACUGAGCUCCAUGUGGAAUAUGAGAAGGAGAUCCAAUUAUUGCAGAGGGAGCUGGAGGUGCUGUCAGAUCAGCACACGAAGAAAUGCCUGGAAAACUCUCAGCUGAGCCAAGAGCUGCAGAAUGAGAGGGAAUCAGUGAUGCAGUACCAGAGAGAAAACCAGGAACUCAAACAGAAGAGAGAGCCAGAAGAAGUGACUCGGCUUCCAGGAAACCCAGCUCAGGUCGAUAACUUCUACCAGAUGGAAAUGACUCUGAGGGCAAAGGAGGCAGAGAUGCAGCAUCUCAGAGAGGAAGCUCUCUCUCUCAGGGGGGACUUAGAGCUUGCUCGAAUGGACAAAGUUUAUGCUGAGAAUAAACUGAAGGCCCUCCAUACAAACAACUACAAUGAAGCCAAGUUUGCCACUUGGUCUCCAAGCAGAGAUACUUCAGGGCACAGUGUUGAGGAUUCUGUGACACACAACCCAGCUAUCAAAAAGAAAGAGAAAUCAUCCUUCUUGCGUCAAAUACGGGGGUUCAGAUCAAGGAGUUUAAAAGACGGCCUUUCUACCCAAGAGAGGAAGAAGUUGUUUGAGUCAUCCUAAAUUUACAGA